GCCAUGCUCAGGCUUUCUCGAGCAUCCUCAUAUGUCUCUAUAAAGCUCUCGGUUCGGACAUUCCAUGCGUCGAUAGCCCGCCAGCAUCUGGUCGGUCCUCCGGACCCCGUCUCUCACCUCCGCCCUGUCAUAUACGAUGACGUGCCUCCACCUCCCCCGCAAAGCCGGCACCCCUACUCGCUCAAGGAGUUCACAGGCGAUACGCGGGAGUACCAGUGGAAGAUGCAGAGACAGGAGCUCGACGCGUUCAACCACGAUUUCUGGAAGGAGUGCAACACUCGCUUCUACGCCGCCAAGGAAGCAGUCCUGCAGAGCCUUCCAGAAGGCACCACCCAAGAGCAGCGCGAGGUCGCGCUCUCUGACUUCUAUGGCCGGUGGGUCGCGCAGGAGAGCAAGCGGCUGGACGAGUAUGGGGAGGAGUGGAGGCGGCGGAAUUGGGCGACGAUUCUCUUGGAGGCACGCGUCUACUACGAAAAGCUCGUGUCUCGUAUCAUGCAUCCAUUCAGGUGAACACAGUACCUGCCAGUGCUUCGGCCGAUAUCC